GAUCAACGAAGUCAAAACAACAACAAGACGAGUGAGCUCUCCACAUCCAAAGACAAUACUCCGGAUCAGCAACUCGGCGGAGGGAACACACAACACAAGAGCCUGUGCUUUUCUUGGGUGGAUCGCUUUUUAAUAAGGACAAUCACUCAGCAAGAGAAAGAGAAGCAAGAUUAGAGUGGGGACCUGAAGAACGUUUUAACACAGCAGAGGCCACAAGAAGCAGCACCAGGCAGGUGUUGAGCACAAUGUCACUUGGACAGCUGACUGCCAACUAUACAGAUUCUGAGGGAGAAGAUGAUGACAGGCUUAGUGAUGACACUUCUCGCAAAUCAACUCCACUGGGUGGUACCCGAGUGUCUGAGCUGCGUGACGAAGGCAGCCGUCGUGGAACACCUUUCAGUGGGGAGUCUGUAGGUUCUGGCACCCCACAAAAAAAGCUUAACAGAUUGGUGUCAUAUGCAAAUGAAGAUGAGGAAGAAGAUGGAGAUGAUUUAGACAGAGACAGUGAUGAGCAUGAGCCUGAUGAGAUGCUAAACUCGGAGCCAAUGGACACUGGCACAGAUGAAGGGGAGGAUGACAAAGUUAAAGAAAGUAAUUAUGGAGUAAAGCUGCCACCAGCUCCAGCAGGAAAAUGCCCGGCACACUUGCAGGAGAAGGUGAUUCGUUUUCUCAACGAAGUUCGACGUGGAAACAAAGACUACAAUGUCAUGAUUCAGAAUAACAAAGAAUUCAGAAAUCCUGGCAUUUAUGAAAAGUUGAUAGACUUAUUACAGCUGGAUGAGAUGGGCAGUAAUUAUCCAUUGGAUAUGUUUGAUCCACAUUGCUGGGGCAAAGAAUCUUAUUAUGAUGAACUUGCAAGGGUGCAGAAAGAAGAAAUGGAUAGGAGAGAAAAGGAAAGGAAAGAUAAAACCAAGGUUGACAUCAUCUCUGGCACCAAAAAGCCUGCAGAAGAAGAAUCCGCUGCUAAGAAACGCAAAUCCCGAUUUGACCAAGGAGGUCCAGCCACAAGUGUUAUGAAGCCUCUAGUGGCCCCUCCCACUCUCACCUCAGUGCCAUCAGGGACCAAGACAGCAAUAGAUGCAUUUGGCAGUCUUAAGAAAACGAAAUAAGAGUUAGGUAAACAAAAAUAUAUAAUUUCAAUCUCCUAUGAAUAUGUUGUUUUAUAUUGUAUUGCAAAACCAUAGGUAGUUGCUCACACAAAGAACAAUUUAGCGUCAUAAGAUACUAAGCAUAAGAGUUAUAGUUACACUUAUUCAGAGGAGAAAGGAGAAAUGCCAUGGAGCACUUGUAUGUCUUUCGAACUUUGGUCAUACUGAGCAAGGUUCUUUUUUUUUUUUCUCCAGAUUGGUAUAAUUUAACUUACCUAACAGUUAUGAUUAUUUUUUCAUAACUUGAAAUAAAUCCAUAUCAUAACAA